AUGAUGCGAUGGAAACGCGACGAACCAAAUAUGAGCGACAGUUCGAUGCUUGUAAAGGUCGAGGAUCUCAUCUAUAUGGCCAUAAGGACCGAUAAUUUAAAUGUGGUAAACUUCAACGUGAUUCAGAUGGUGUUACAUAUACUGGCACGACAAUUGCGCAUGCUCGAGCAGCAAGUGGAAAUCAGAACUGACGCAUCAUUGUCGAAACGAAAAAAAGUUGGUAAACGUGGACAUGCUCCCGCGGACAUUCACAGUGAUUUUUCCGACAGUCCUACAAUAUCAAUAACUGAUGAAGUAGAGCAUCCACCAACGAAGAGAUCUCCAGAAAGGGACAAAAGUAGAAAAGAAAAGAGGGGUAAAAUGAAAUCAAAAGGUAGAGAAAGUAACGUGGAAGAUGUCGAUCAUCAUGGACGUAAGGAAAAGAAAACUAGUAAAGGUUCUGCAAGAAAGUAUGAUGGUAAAACAGGAAAAGACAGAGUCACUUCACACAAUGAUAGUAAAGAUUUAUCAGAUGAAGAUUUUACUGAUAAUGAUGACGGUUUAGAGGAGCCUGGUAGACAAAAAAAUGAAGAAAAGAUGAGUAAACAAGAUCAAAAUACAGGAAAAAUUUAUGGGGGCGACGAAGAAAUAGAUGGCAAGGGAAAAAAACAUGAUAAGAAACACGCGGUAGAUGCCGGCGCUGCGUCGGAAACUAGUUUUAAAAUAGAAGGACCACGGCCACGAGUGGGCAGUGUGGAGGUUGUGACACAGUCCCAGUUUGAACUCCUGGAGGAUAUGGUGAAGCAGUUAAUUCAGACGGCGGCGCCACUUGCACCUCUCAUUCUACCCGAUGACGAACAGUUUAGAAGCGAUCUGCUGAAGGGCAAUGUAACCCUCACCGAAGCUAUGCAGGCUAUGCAGGUGAACGCACGUGUCCAAGCAGCAGAGAAAGCGAUCUCGAGGAUGACGGGUCUACUGACGCAGCUGGCUGCUGCUGGUGCCAUGCCCGAAGAUCUUGCGCAAAAGCUGAACGAUGUCAAAUUGGAACUUGCAGCGGGAAGCGUUGGGGGGAGCGACAAAGGUGGGUUUGCCAUUUGUGAAACGAUGCAGUCGCUGAAGGCCGACAUGAUGCAUACCAUCCAGCAGAUCACUAGCAAAGCUAGCGCUGCAGCUGAGAGUGCAGCCAAGACCUCCAGGAUUGUCUUGGAAAAACUGGAGGUGGCUCUGCAAGUGGACGAUCGCAUGAACAAUAUGCGUGCGCUGGUGGCCGACUACGAAGCACAGUUGGAUGGGCUCGAUGCCGGAUUCAAUACUCAGAUGCAAGGUUUUCAAGAGCAGAUGGGUCAGAUUCGCAUUGAGCUCAAGGAAGGGUUGGAACAGCUCGCCGGCGCUAACGAUAAUACUGAGGCUACAGCUAUCAAGGAGUUAUCUGAACGAUAUGAGAGCCUCGUCCUGGAGCUGGAGAAAGCGACCGACACCAACCAAGCGCUCGUUGCGUUCCAGCUGAAGCUACGUGACGAAUUACGAGCCUUAGUGGAAAGUGUAGAGAUGAUGAGAGAUCAGAAGGUGGACCGUGACGAGAUCCUGGACGCGCUUCGGGAUAAGGCGGAUAUGUCGCGGCUGACCGGUUUGCUAUCAGAACAGGAGUUCGCAACUGCUCGCUCAGAGCUGGAGAGUUAUUUAGAGCUCUGCAAUGAGAAGUUCAAAAAACAAGACCAAGCGUGGAUGAGUGCCGUGGAAGACAUAAUGAUGACGGUGGAGACAAAGGCUAGUCAAGUGCAGAUAUCUACAAUGCGCGAAGAUUUGGGGACGCGUCUGCAGGAAUUGCAUCAAUUGCUGCAAAAGUUGGAAGAACAGCUGGGAGAGCCCAAGGCGGCGCUGCUGCAGCGGCAACUGUCUCGCGACGCGGCGUGCGGGGCGUGCGGUGUGGCCGCGCUCGCAGAACUCGGGCCGCCCCCCGCGCCCCCUGCACUCCCCGCGCUGCACUCCCCCACCAAACGAGCGCCUCCCGAACCCCCCGCACUCCCUGUACAAUCAGUACAUCAGCCGUGCAUCACGACGUUGCCGCGCGCCGAUCUUGACGACGGAACGCACUUGUGCCGUCGCUGGUGUGGCGGCUCGCACACGCUGCUGGCCGCAGGCCGCCAGCACGCACGUGCUGAGAUCUCUCCGCGCCCCUGUCGCCACUACGAGGGCCUGGGUACCGAUGGGAAGUUAUACCUGAUGGAGGAAGAGUUGCAACCGUGUGAGGAGUGUAACGUGCCAGUUCUAAAGCCGGUAGCUCUAGGACUUGAAAAUCCCGAAGUGCAUAUUGCAGGUGGCGCUGGCGACGCAGCGCAGGAACAAGGCUAG